AUGCUGCUCUCGGCUGAUUCAGGCCAUUUCAGCUUGAUCAGGGCAUUACACCUGGCGGACCUUGUAACUGAAUUGAAUGUCAUGUCUGUCUUCUCGUCGAUGCGAUAUUGCCUAGGCGACUUGACAGAAUAUAGGGAUUUAUGGAUAGCUCUAUCAUUUAUGCCAUUCGGCCUCUUCUUCGACUUCAUGGACGGAAAAAUCGCCCGAUGGCGGAGAAAGUCGUCAUUGAUGGGUCAAGAGCUCGAUUCACUAGCCGAUCUGAUCUCCUUCGGUGUCGCACCGGCAUCCGCCGCCUUCGCAAUCGGCAUGCGCACUCCGGUCGAUCAUUUAUUCCUCACAUUUUUCGUGCUAUGUGGCCUUACGCGGCUUGCUCGCUUCAACGUGACCGUGGCCACACUCCCGAAGGACGGAUCAGGAAAAGCACAAUACUUCGAAGGAACACCGAUCCCAACAACUCUGGGGAUUGUGGCGCUGAUGGCGUAUUGGGUGUCGCAGGGUUGGAUUUUGGAUGAAAUACCGUUCGGCGUAAUAGGCACAGGAACUGUGCUAGAAUGCCACCCAAUCGUUGCCUUGUUUGCAGCACAUGGCUGUUUGAUGGGAAGGAAAUGGGAUGGGUGGGAGAAAGAGGCGGACAUAAAACAGGAGGCGAACGCGACUCGGUAA